AUGGCUUUUAAUGACGGAGUAUUCAUGACACCAGAGGAAGAGCAAAAAUGGAUUGGAUCCUGCACUGGUGAGGCGGUUGACCACGCGAAACUUUACGCAAUUGAGCUUCCAUGGUCAAACCCCUUUUCUGGCGCCAAGUCCCAUUCUUCGUCGCCGGAACUUCCUUCCCGGCUUGUCGUCGAGAAAUAUGUUGAAGUGUACUGCUCAUCCUACCAGAGUCGCGUCUUUCCUGUAAUCAGCAAGGCACUCUUUACAGAAAGUUUGGAUCUUGCCUACGGACCAACCAAUGCUUUUGGCUCCGAUAGUGCCAGAUCAUGCGUGCAUGCGUUUCUCUCCGUGAUAUACCUCUUCGGGCUGAAUGGCAAUCUGGUUGAAGCCCAUGAUUGCGUGACUUAUUCCCGGGCUGCGCAGGGCUUUAUGGCUAGUCUUGUUUGUGAGAUGAGUCUCAGCGGUCUGCAGUCCAUUAUCAUGCUUAUCCAGCAUCAAUACUUCCUGGGUGAUUUGCAGGCUGCUGCAGUUUCCGUGUCGAUAGCCAGCCGCCUUCUAUUCAGCCUCCGUGCUCACACAAUGUCACCAUCUGACAGUGCUUAUCAUAAAAGUGUAGCUGAGCACCACCUGCGCGAUCUUUUCUGGCUAUGCUAUUCAUUUGAUAAAGACAUUUGCUUGAGAAUUGGGCAGCCUCCAUGUAUCAAUGACACUCACUGUGACCUCACUCUGCCUGUGGACUAUGCGCAGCUGCAAGAGUCCGAUAUGCAACGAGAGUCCAGGUCGAAUACCGAUGACACGCUCCCUCUUUUCCCUUUUGACCUUCGACUUUCGAUGAUCAAGUCGAAUGUCUACCAGGCUCUCUAUUCCGCAAAUGCUGCGAACAAGCCGGCUUCUGAGAUAUUAUCGAGCAUCCGGAGUCUGGAUCAAGAGCUGGAACAAUGGAGACUGAGCUUACAUCCGGAUAUCCGGCCCACGCUGUCUUUCCACGACGAAACGCCGGUCAGUCGCGGCUUGAACACACAGGCAAUCAUGUUGCGGCUAGCAUACUAUCACUGCGUCGCACUCAUCCAUCAAGCCAUUGAUAGGUGCCGUGGCUGCCAGAUAAGGGAUUUAGUCUCUAGUGCCAUGCUGGUCACGAAUGUCAAUCAGUCGACGCUUUCAUUCCUCGAGGUCGCGAUGCCUGUCCUGGCAGGAGAAUGUUUCUGGUGA